AAAAUACUGCAUACCUGGCGCAAAUCUGACGAUCGCAUAAACAACGAAUUGAAUGCCGCCCUGCCAACAGCCUCCUUCACCAAAUCAGUUGACGCCACCAAGCAAUGUGCCACCUUCUUCGAACAGCUGUCCAAGUUGCAAAAAGAACGGUUUGCUGCAAUCAAACAGUGCAUUUCAGUUUCCUCCAAGCGCAUCAGUGAUAUGAAAAGCCAGCUGGAAACCAGCCCAGACUCGCCUAGUAAUGAGAACAUACCGGUUGCCCUUCGCAAAGAACAACUUCAGCUCCGUCAGUUUAAGUCUGAACUGUUGGAAGAGGAGAUCAUUCAGAAUUCUGCCCUGAAGGUGCUCUACGAGCGCUGCAGAGAUCACUAUAAUAACCCCGCAUUUGAAAGGUUCAAAUGA